AUGGCUAUGACAGAAGAAAGACGUCUUCAGCUAAAAGAUUUAAGCAAAGAAAUGUUUGAACAUGGCUGGAGUAGUUAUAUCGAGCACGCUUUUCCUGAUGAUGAGCUCAAUCCAUUUGAAUGUAGAGGCAGAGGAAGCGAUAAAGCGAAUCCAGACAACAUCAACGUCAAUGACGUACUCGGAGACUAUUCACUCACUUUAGUAGAUACUUUGGAUACAUUAGCAAUCAUAGGCACCCGAAAACAGUUUGAGGAAGCCGUAAAACAAGUCAUCGAGACGGUAUCCUUUCACCAAAACAAUAAAGUACAAGUGUUUGAACUGAAUAUCAGAGCACUUGGAGGAUUGCUUUCAGCACAUAUGCUUAUCACAGAUCCGGAAUUAGAUUAUUCAAUAGAGGGAUAUAAGGAUGAGCUACUUCAUCUAGCAGUUGACUUGGCUAAUCGUUUGAUGCCGGCUUUUAACUCAACUAAAACAGGAAUUCCCUAUCCUCGUGUUAAUCUACAGAAGGGUGUUCCGCCCACAGAAACAACGGAGACUUGUACAGCAGGCGCUGGCAGCUUAAUAUUAGAAUUCGGUCUCCUGAGCCGUUUGACAGGAGAUCCAGCUUAUGAAGAAGUAGCUAAACGAGCAUUAAAAUCUGUAUGGAAUAGACGAUCCCAUCUUAGCCUCAUGGGCAACGUAAUUGAUAUACAAACAGGAAAUUGGAUCCAUACAGCAUCAUCUACAGGCGCAGGCAUUGACUCUGUAUUCGAAUAUAUGUUAAAAGCAUAUAUUAUCUUUGGAGAGGAUGAGUACUUGGACAUGUUUGAGGAAGCAUACAGGGCGUUGAUGAUUUAUGUGCGAGAUUCGUCUGGUUACAUUUAUCGCAACGUUCAUAUGAGUACAGGAUCCUUGAUGUCUUAUUGGAUUGAUAGCCUGAGCGCCUUCUUUCCAGGCCUUCAAGUACUUUACGGGGAUAUCCAUGCAGCCAUCAAGAAUCAUCUGGUGUUCUACAACAUUUGGCGUCGAUAUCAUGCGCUUCCUGAGCGAUUUGAUUUCUAUCAAAAGAGAGUUAAUCUGCCAUACUAUCCUCUUCGGCCUGAAUUCAUUGAAUCCACUUACUAUCUUUAUCAAGCUACGAAGGAUCCCUUUUAUUUGGAUGUAGGAGAAAUGGUCAUCCAGGAUUUAAACAAUAGAACACGCUUGUCAUGUGGGUUUGCGUCCAUUGGAGAUGUAGAAAGUGGCAAAUUGGAAGAUAGAAUGGAGAGCUUUAUGUUGAGCGAGACAUUAAAGUAUUUAUACCUACUGUUCGAUACAGAACAUCCUUUUAAUAAGCAAGAUUCUAAUGCAGUGUUUACCACUGAGGGACAUUGGAUAUCCUUACCUCAACACUACUUGCGAAGACCCAAAACAGCUAAACAAGUAAAAAAUUUAAUAUCUAUACAAUCUAAUCCUUUUGGUACAUGCCCAAGAUACAAUCCAUUGAAUUACAAAGCGAUCUAUACUCCUGGCCACCUUGAUAUGACGUCAAUACCCUAUCAGCCUCAAGCUGACUAUGCAGCACAUAUUGCUGGCUAUACUCAGUCACCGUUACCUCCAUUAUCCAUCAACGGCUACUGUGAUUCACCUUGGACAUUGGCAAGAAACUUUAACUUAUCUUUUGGUUCAAUCAGAAGGCCGAAUAGUGUGAUUGAAAUACUGGGAGACUAUCUGAUCAAGUCAUUAUCUGGUUUAAAGAUUGAAUUUGUGAGUGCAAAGAGGAAUGAUGGGUUCUUUAUUAAAGGAGUCCAUUCUUCAUCCAUCAUUAGCAACGAGCAGAUAUAUAUAGAUCUUGAUACAUUAUUGCCCUUUCUGCAGGACAACCGUGAUUUGAUCCAAGUGCAAGUGAGGCAACCUGGACUAACGCGCUAUAGAGACUAUACCCAGCUAGAUUACGAUGUUAUCCUUCGCACUGUAAAUGAUUAUGAAUGUAUGGAACUGAUAGGACUUACAUCAGAAUUUGGUGCUCAAACCAUUCAGCUACCUGACACUCCUAUACACAUCUUUGGCGAUCAAUCUAAGUUCCUUGGAUGUGAGCCAUACUCAAGACAAGAUGCCAAUAUGGUGAAAGACAAGGUUCUUUUGAUCAGUCGAGGAAAAUGUGAAUUUUACAAGAAGGCUCUUUUUGCACAAGAAGCGGGCGCUGUGGGUGUAAUUUUCUUAAGCAACGAACCUCACUUGUUUAGACCAUCUUUCUUAAAGAAUGACAUACGUAUACCUUGCGUUCUACUUCCACAAACAGAUAGUCUUGUACUCCUUCAACAACAAACCAAACGUAUGUAUGUCACAAUGGAUACACUUUUUUUAACUCCUGACAGUCAAUUCGAGAUGCUACUCAAGCGAGAACGAGUUCAUAACGCAAUUUUAGUAUAG